GGUUGUAUCUGUUAGCAACUCGUCUAAGAUUGCCUAAACUUACAGGUUUUGUUACACUUAGGGUUCUUGAGUUAAAAAGUUGCAAUUUAUUCAAGGAUAGUUUGGUAAAUGAUUUUCUCAAAGGCUGCUCAUCGCUUGAGGAUUUGAGUUUGGUAGAUUGUGUGACAUACAAACUUGAUCAUUUUUGUAUUUCAUGUCCGAAGCUAAAGAAUUUGAGAAUUGAUAACCGGAAAAUAUUAGAUUCUGAAGAUUGGGAUUAUCCAGUGGAUGGCAUGGGCAAACGCCUUCAGAUUUGUUGUCCAAAACUGGUGUUUUUGGAAUUUGCAGGUUUUAUGGCUUUUAAGUUUAUUUUGGAACGUCUUGAUUCCUUGAAAAAAGUUGUGAUUCACCCUUUAGAUACAUAUGAAUGGGCGGAUGAUAACGUAUGUGAGUUGUUUGAUGGAUUUGCUCAUGUGGAAUCUUUGUCGCUUCGCAUUUGCCUAAUCCAGCAGUUCAUUAAUCUACAAGAUCUCCCUGAAUCUUUACCUAAUCUCAAGACUUUGGAGCUAAUCACAACACGUGAUGCCUUCAAGAUGAACGUACUAAUCCGAAUUCUCAUAUGUUCUCCAAAUCUGGAGUCCCUUCGUUUGACAAUUCAAAAGGAUCCAUUGCAUACAUCAAUUGCAACAGAAGAUGAUGAUUUGGAAUUCUGGGAGAUGAUGGAAUAUGACUGCAUAUUUGAAGGGCUUAAGAUGGUAGAUAUGACGGGGAUAUCUUUUGUUCCACACCAUUUGGGAAUCAUAGAGUUUCUGCUUCAGAGUUCACCAGUUCUUGAGACCAUGAGCAUCACCCCAAAUGUGAACAUGACUGAUGAAAAAUUAAGCUUUACGAUAGAGUUACUGAGUUUUAAACGAGCAUCACCAGAAGCUGAAAUCAUAAUUGUUCAAGAUUAGGCAUAAAUCAUACUUUCAUUUGAAUUUCUAAAUCUGUCGUUUUGCUUUUGAUUUUGGUUUGUGAUAAACCUCACUUCAAUUUACAACUCCUCCAGCGAGAUUGGGAUAACACCAACAAAGUAAAUGUGGUUUUUUCACGAAAAAAAAAGUCAAACAAAAUCUAAGGGCUUUUCUAUAAUUAGCCCCUUUUAAAUUAUAUAAAACUAUAAUAUUACUCGUACCCUAGAAAGGUUCAUUUUUUUGGUUUUUGGAUAUCUACAUGUUUUGAUCUUUUUUGCCUUAUGUACUAGAAUCAUUGAAACUGUUUUGAAACAAUGUAUGAUCUGUUUCUGAUGAUAUAUGAAUGAAAUCUGUUUAUUA